CGGAGGGACCGUAAUCACUCUCUUGUUGAGUUUCUCGAAAGGUGAAAAGUGUUUUACAAUAAAAUGUUUGAAAUUGUUUUGUGGACAUUAAUGCUGAUUGGAGUAUCAGAUCUUGGUGUAUUGACUAGCGCAGAAGAUGAGUCCUGCGUAUGUGGACAGCGCAGCACGUUUAGUUUCCGUAUAGCAGGUGGAAAAGUGGCGAAGGAAGGCUCUCAUCCUUGGCAAGCGGCGAUAUUUAGUCCUCGUAAAGGUUUUGCUUGUGGUGGAUCAGUCAUCACUGACUGGCAUAUCCUUUCGUCUGGCUACUGCAUUAGAGGGCUAUGGUGGGUGAAAGGAUGGAAGGUUCGUCUGGGUACCGUGGAUAGGCUGUCAAACAAGGGAGAGUUAUUUGACGUAACCGAAUGGUUUGUUCAUCCGAAAUACCAUGCCCUUACAGAUACUCCUAUAAGCGAUAUAGUCAUUGGCAAACUCAAUCGGAAGAUUACGUUUGGGGAACUGAUUCAACCGAUUUGUUUGAAUAAUAAUGGCAGAAUUGAUUUGACAAACAGAAGAGCUAUUGCAAUUGGAUGGGGAAUGGAGGAAUCCGAGGGGCCAUUAGUUCGUCGAUUGCGUGAAGCUUCCGUUCCAGUUUCUUCGGAUUGGAGGUGCUCAAAGAGCACAAUAGGUUCGGUUUUCAGGCCCGAAUUAAUGCUAUGCACUUCUUCCUAUCCUAAGGGACCUUGUCCGGGUGAUGAAGGUGGUUCGCUUAUGCUAGAGGUUGAUGAGACCUACAUGAUGCUGAUUGGUAUCAUUUCUUAUGUAGAGGAUUGCGCGGAAUCCACUGGAGUAGUCACUUAUACCAAAGUUUCAGUUUUUCAUAAAUGGAUUGAGAGCGUUACCGCAGAUGCUAAAAAAUGUCAACCCCCACAGUUUGCUUAGGACAAUUUACGCUAAGGGAUCCUCUAUUCAUGCCGAAUUUGUCCUUUGGAAUGACAUACCUAAUCAGUUUCCUUUGUUCACCGUUCCUGCUAUCGUUACUGUCUAGAAGAUUGAAUAUAGGAUCAUUAAAUAUGGAA